CCACCAUCUCAUAAUUUUAACUGCAAGGGCCUGGUAAAUAUCUCAGUUCUGCGUUGUGCCCUCACUUUCUUAGCUAUGGAAACAGCCAAUUCGUUUUUGCGUCUAAACUUAGUAUCAGUAACUAUGUUUCUCUUUUUUGUUGUUCCUGGUGAUUGCCAAAUUAGCACACCAUGCACUAUUUCAAUGAUAAGCAGCUUCACACCAUGUAUAAAUUUUAUCACUGGAAGCACCGGAAAUGGUGCAUCUUCACCAUCGACAGCCUGCUGUGAUUCUCUCAAGUCUCUAACGAGCAGUAGUGUAGAUUGCACUUGUCUCCUAGUAACGGGAAAUGUUCCCUUUCAACUGCCAAUCAAUCAGACAUUAGCAAUCACACUUCCCCGAGCAUGUAAUUCUGCUAGUGUCCCAAUACAAUGCAAAGCCUCGGGUGUCCCUUUACCAGCUCCAGGUCCUGUUCUGUUCGGGCCAACUCCGCCACCUACAACAGCUGCUUCUCCUUUCAGCCCUACAGCUUCAAAAGCAUCAGCACCAGCACCAGCAAAUGCACCGGCUAAAACGAUUACUGGAAUGGAACCAGCCAGUGCACCAGCCGAUACAACUUCAGAGAAUUUAACGCCAACUGCAACUCCAGGGAUUCGGCCAGUGCUGAAUCCAACGUCCGCCUCAAAUCGUCAAUCUUUUUAUGUUUUAUCACCAUUUCUCUUGCUGGCAUUUCUUGGAAUCUUGUCUUAAUUCACUUAGUCGAGGCCUAAUUAAUAAACUGUAUGCAGAAUAUUAUACAUGAAAAAUAGAGUAUUUCUUUGCAGCAUUAUCUCAUAUGUAAUGUACACUUCCAUGGUCCCAUGUACAUAGCACUGUAUGUGUAUCAGAUUGUUCAAAUGAUAAAAGUGUUAUACAUAACAAAA